AACACUUCAUAACAUUGUAAAUGCUAGUUUAGUGGUGCAUACGUGUGGUAUACACAUUUUGAAGAUCAUAGAUAGACAUCAGAGGUUGUAGCUGGUGCUUUUAACUAUUGUCUGCGUGUGUAAAAUCUGCGUUUUUUUAUCUUCGAUUAUUUAUUUUUAGUAUGUAAUCUGUGAAUUUAACAAAUGGGUUCUUUAAACGAAAAUAACGAUUGCGUUCCAACGCAAUCUGAGGAUGUUUCUGCAUCCACAUCUAAUGAUGUUCAAUGGGGGCACUUACCUGACGAGAUUUGGUUGGAAAUUUUCAAACGAUGUCCCCAGUUGACUGUUAUGUUCAGACUCAGUAGAGUCUGUUCGAAAUUUCGCUCUCUUUCUUCUGAUCCAGCAAUGUGGAGACACAUUGAUUUAAAUGAGUGGGAAGAAACCGAGUUAAAUAAAAUUGUUAUCGAUGAUGAAAAUCCCACUGCAUCGAAUGAAAUAUUGCCAAAUCAUCCUACGAUUUUAAAGUCCUCUCAACUAUAUGCCUAUGUAAUGCCGAAAGUAAUGAACCAUGUUAAAAAGCUUACGCUGAGUCGGUAUUACAAGGAUUUUACGUUAAACAGUUUCGAAAGGUCCCUGCUAUGCAAGUGCGCCAACCUCACCUACCUCAACAUGGGUUUCUGUGAAAAUGUCAACUUGUUUUCCCUCCAAGAAAUUUGCUACAGCUGUCCAAACAUUGAAUGCCUCACAGUGGAAGGAUGUCGGAAUGUAGACGAUGCUUGUAUGAACACCAUCAGUAAACUGAAUCGACUUACUACGCUAGACAUUUCCCACUGUGCUGGUGUUACAGAUAUUGGGAUCCAGUAUCUCACUAAUCUAUCUUCAUCAUUGCUUCACUUCAUGGGGGAUGGUGUACUGCAUAUGUCUGACAGGGGAGUUUGCCACUUGGUUGCAACGCACACAAAGUUAGAAACUUUGGUUAUUGAUGGAGAAGAAUUAAACGAUGUUUCGAUUGAAGCAGCAACGCGGUGCCUUGAAAACUUACAAACGUUGCAUAUUUCUUUCUGUAACCAACUUACUGACAGAAGCAUUACAGCUUUGUUUAGGAAAACAAGGUUAAAACGACUUUUCAUGAAAAAACUAUCAUGCGAGAUUACAACACCAGUGUUAAAGCAGCUGUUUCUGUAUGACACUUUGAAAUAUCUGGUUGAAUUGACCCUUACCGAUUGUGACGCUGUUGUGGAUUCAACUGCAUACGUAAUUGCUGAAAGGUGUCCAAUUUUAAAAUUGUUAAACUUGAACUGGUGUUGCGCUUUAACUGAUGAAGGAAUUAUAAGGUUAACCGACACAUGCAGGCAAUUAAAAAGGUUGCAUCUUGUUGGUUUACCUUUCCUGCGUGGAAGCUGGAUAAAAGGACUUGAAUUAAAACUUCCCAAUCUUUGUUUUCUUGACCUUUCCGUUUGCAACAUGAUAAUGGAUGUAGACGUAAUAGAUCUAGUGCAGAGUGUCCAGCGCCGUGGCAAAGCGGUUAGCGAGGUUGCCUCUAACUCAGAGAAAACCUGAUUUAACAGCUUAUACUUACUACCAUGAAGAAGUUGUGUAUAAGAAAGAUCUGAAGUUGUACCAGGUCUAUAUAACAGAGGGAAAGCAAGGUGGAAAAACUAUGAGCAUCAAACAACCCCAAUGUGCUGGUUCACUUGGUUCAACUGUGGAUUUCUAAUUUCUUCUCCAUUUAUUGUUUAUCGCGUUAUUCUGCUAAUUUAUUGCUACUGUUUGACAUAUUCUUCUUAUUUUCACAUUGAUCAGUAAAACUUAUGAUACUUGCUUAAAA